GACACCGGGGUGAGUCACCGGCCCGCGCGGAUCCGGCUCGCCCCAACUUCGGAUCCGGCACCUGCGUGGACUUCGGCCUCGGAGACCCGGCCACGACGACAUCCAGCCGGGGAAUGCGCGCCCUACCGGCCCUGAGCGCGCCCCGGGACCCCGCGCGCCCGAGCGCCGUGGAGCGGCUGGCGGCCGACCGCGCCCGGUUCUCUCGUGGCCCGGUGGGCGGUGGGGUCCCCACUUCCAAGGACUGCGGCUCGGGGGACAAUAGGAACCUUGCUUCGGAGCCCCGCAGCCCAGGCGCACCCGGCGGCGGGCAGCAGCCGAGUGCCCCGGGCCCCGCACUCCAGGUACCGGCUCCCGUGUCUCGCAGGGUUAUCCCGCGCCGGCCGCUGAGGCCCGACUCGCUGGUCAUCUACAGGCAGAAGUGCGACUUUGUCCGCAGCCCGGGCUCCGAGGGCUCCAGGGGCAGCCUGGUGAAGAAGCUCUUCCCGGGGCCGGGCAGGGACAGGACUCCCGAGACCCCGGGGACGCCGCGGCUGGAGCGCGCCGCGCGGACGAAGACCGACUCUGCGACCCCCGAGAUCCCUCGGAGCUCUGGGACGGCCGCGAUCCCCGCGACCCCUGGGAACUCCAGGACCCCAGGAACCCCUGCAGCCCCGGCUCAGCCUGCGCCCCCCGGGAGCUUCGCGCCCCCCGGGAACCGAGCCCGGACCUCAUCCCCCAGGGCGGCUCGUCGCGCGGGACUGCAGCGCUCACAUUCGGACCUCAGCCGGUGCAGCUGCGACCCCGGGGCCGAGCGCGACGCCUUCUUCCAGUUCUGCGGCCUGGACCCCGAGGUAGUGGAGGCGCUGGGCAGGGACAACUUCUCCGCGGGCUCGGACUGCACCGCCCUCAAGGUGCGCAGUGUGAGCGUGGCCACCUCGGAAGGCGGCUUCUCGCGCCACAGCGGAGGGGAAGACGACGGGCUGCAGGAGGAGGCACUCACAGAGCAAGUUCCCAGCACCACCUCGAUCAUCGAGAGGAACGCGCGCAUCAUUAAGUGGCUGUACACCUGCAGGAAGGCCAAGGGGACCCCGGGCCAGGGGCUGCAGGGACCCGCGUGACUGCUCUCCCUAGGGACCAGGAAUCAAGAAAGCAAAUGUCCCCAGCUAUCAGGGGACCAUGAUGCCAUGGGAGACAGGGGACGCCAAGGCCAUUUCUGCAGUGAACCUCCGAGACACAGGACUGCUACUUUUCCAGUAAUGAAGCAUCCUACCGACUGAGCUUCCGUGAUCUGAGAAGGGCUGAAGUGCUGUAGAGAAGGUAGGAAGACAGACCUCGGAAACUGGAUGAGUUAGGGCUGGCUGCAGAAGUGCGGAAGGAAGUUCUCAGUGCCACUGUCCUAUUCACAUGGGUCAGCUGGAGAAGAGAGAGUUGCCGAGAAAUAUUUUCUGGGGCACCUUUUGGACUGAUUUGCUAACCAAAAGAUGCUGUGAUGCAUUUGGACAGUCCCUGAAUUGAUUUUUAAAAAGGAAAAAGCAUGAAAAUCAAGCCUGAGUGCCAUCGUAUUUGCUCCUUCUGACUGAUCUGCACCACAUAGCUCAAGGUUCUGUAAUCACAAGAAGGUAUUCUACUUAAAAACUGUAGCUAACGAAGAGUGUACACACACACACACACACACACACACACACACACGCACACACACGCACACAGCCAUACACAGAAAACAAUUUCCAGCGCAUCUCUGCUCUGUGAACCACGCUUAUUUCCUGAAGAGUGCAACCAGUUGUCUUAUUUAACGAGUCAGGAAGCACAUUUAAAAUCAAGAGAAGGCUGAGAGUUGUUCUGUGAAUGUCACUCCUGGGUGGCUGGAGGUAUGUGGAAGAACCCACUAACACAAGAGUGAGAACUGAUCUCUUGCCAAACAGAACCCUUCAUCAUACUUGGGCAGUUUCUUGAGAGGUGAAGAUGAAACUUGGGGUCCUUUGGUCAGGUCCUUUGCAGCCUCUCCAGUUAGAAUGGGCUCCUCAGUGAUUUCUCACAGCUUGCAAAGAGGACAAAAACCUGGCUCACACGGGGGUGGUGCCUGCACCAGGAGCACUUCCUUGACUUGGAAUCCAGUCCCACCCACACCCCAUGCACUCACAUAGAUCUGGCACCCAUUUGCUCUUCCCUGCCAAUGGUGUGUUUUGCAGCAAGGGUCCUCUGACUCUGAACUUGCUCGUGCUUGGGGUGAAGGGAUUUCACACUCAGAACCUUCAGAGAGAAUAUGCAUCCAAGAUAAUGUAAAAAGAUUGUCAUUGUCCCAACUCUUUCAAAGCUUACUCUGUUUAAUCAAAAUAAUCUCUUCUUUUUUUUUUUUGUCUUUUUGAGACAGGAUCUUGCUGUGCAGUUCAGGCUGGCCUUG